AUGGGUGUAAAAAAGAAGAAAGAAAUGCAAGUAACUGCACUGACCAUUUGCCAUCAAGACCUUGAAACUUUGAGAUCUUUGGCUGAUGUGGAAGGAAAGAAUCUAGCUUCUUUGCUGUUACAUUGUGUACAGCUCACGGAUGGAGUGUCACAAAUCCAUUAUGUUAAACAGAUUGUGCCUUUACUGGAGAAGGCAGAUAAAAAUGGCACACGUGAUCCCACUAUUCGAAGUUGUUUGGAUAUUUUAGCCGGCAUUUAUCUUUCUUUGAGCGUAAAGAAUCCCUUGAAGAAAGUCUUGGCAAGCUCACUAAAUGGCCUACCUGAAUUUUUGCUAACUGAGGCUGUACAAGGUUUUACUUCUCGUCUUCAGGAAGAAUUGAAUACUACUGAUCUAUACUCUUACAGGAAAGUAAUUGAUAAUAUAUCUUCCUGUAUGGAGAACUUUGACUUGGGUAGAACAGGAGUUAAUAAUCUUCUCAAAAAUGUGCUCCAUUUUCUGCAGAAGAGUUUAAUUGAAAUCUCAGAAGAAAAUAGAAAAUUUGCUGGAAAUCAUAUAGUUCAGACGCAACUGAUGAAUGACUUGUUAGUAGGCACUAGAGUUUCAGUGAUGUUAGUGCAGAAAAUACAAGACUUUCAGAGAAUUCAUUUGAAGGCUUCUACUUCUCCCAUAUGGCAAAGUAUGUGUGGAUUGCUGAGUAUUUUCACCAAGUUUUUAAGUGAUGAUGACCUCUUACAGACAAUUCAGAGUACGUCUGGAUUAGCUGUUAUUCUUUUUAUUAAGGCUAUGUUUCAUCCACCUGAAAAGAUUCCUGAUUUGAUUAGUAGUUUGCUUCUCCGUUCAGUGGACUGCGCCAGCAUGCCCGACUGGGUUUUGAACUGCUGCAGGAGCCUUUGUUGUACUGAUGUCUCGCAGUCAACUCUCUUAUUCCUGUGUCAGGGGACACUCACCAUGUUGGACUGGCAGAGUGGGAAUAUGGGCACGAGUGGGGAGACCCUCCUCUUGAAUAUCGUGCAUGUCUUGUUCACCUUGAGUUCACAGAUCAAGGAAUCAACUCUGGAAUUGUUUCAGUCUAGAAUUUUGGCAUCCUGGGCCAAUUCAGCCAUCCAUGUCCUUGAAUCAAGUUCCCCAAGCCUAAAGGACAGUCUGAAUGGGAAUUCAAAUGUAGUUGGGAGACUUUUGGAAUAUGUCUAUACCCACUGGGAACAUCCACUGGAUGCUUUGAGACACCAAACCAAAGUUAUAUUCAGAAACAUUCUCCACAUGCACCAGCUCACUAAAGAAAAGUCAGACUCCAAAGCGUCAGGUUUGGCUGCCGAUCGUUUCAUCUGUGAUCUGACUGAGAAUCUUCUGCAAUUGGAAUGGCAUGUGAAAGGGAAGUACGCAUGCCUUGGUUGUUUAGUAGAUUACGUAGGAAUUGGACAUAUUUUGGCACUAGCUAAAACUAUUCCAUCACAAAUCUUAGAGGUGAUGGGAGACCAGUCUUUGGUACCUUACGCAAGUGACCUCUUGGAAACCAUGUUCAGAAAUCAUAAGAGUCAUUUGAAGUCCCAGGCUGUUGACACUACUUGGAUUGAUGAGUGGCACGAGACUUGGGUUUCUCCUCUCCUUUUUAUACUGUGUGAAGGAAAUCUGGAUCAAAAAUCUUAUGUGAUUGAUUAUUACUUGCCAAAAUUAUUGAAUUGCAGCCCUGAAAGCUUAAGCUACAUGGUAAAGAUUCUUCAAACUUCUGCUGAUGCUAACACUGGACAAGAACGAUCUUUACCAUCCUUAGGGUCUUUUAAUAGUAGAGGGGCUCUGGGAGCUUUGAUGGCAUGUCUGCGAACAGCUAGAGCUCAUGGACAUCUUCAGUCUGCAACUGAUGCCUGGAGGAACCUUGUGUCCAGUGCAAGAAUAAAACAAGGCUUAAUUCAUCAGCACUGCCAAGUACGGAUAGAUACAUUAGGCUUGCUUUGUGAAAGUAAUCGAAGCACGGAAAUGGUGUCCACGGAAGAAAUGCAGUGGAUUGAAUUCUUUAUCACAUACAAUCUUAACAAUCAGUCUCCAGGAGUGCGGCAGCAGAUUUGUUCUCUUCUUAAAAAGUUGUUCUGUAGGAUACAGGAAAGUUCUCAGGUGCUUUAUAAACUGGAGCAAAGUAGAUCCAGACAUGAGCCAGAGAAUGAGUUAACCACACAGCCCCCUUCUGUUUCUUUACAGCAAUAUAAGAAUUUCAUGUCAUCCAUUUGCAACCGUCUUUUCGAAGCACUGUUUCCUGGGUCUUCCUACCCAACUAGAUUUUCAGCUUUAACCAUUUUAGGCUCAAUAGCUGAAGUUUUUCCUGUCCCAGAAGGUCAAGUCCAAACAGUGUAUCAGCUGAGCCAUGAUAUUGAUAUUAGUCGCUUCCACACACUAAUGGAAUGUUUUACCAGCACUUUUGAAGAAGUCAAGAUUUUAGCAUUUGAUCUUCUGAUGAAGUUACCAAAAACAGUUGUACAGUUUCAGGAUUCAGAGAAACUGCAAGGCUUAUUCCAAGCAGCAUUGGAGCUCAGCUCAAGCACUAAACCAUAUGACUGUGUGACAGCUUCCUACCUGCUGAACUUCUUAAUCUGGCAGGAUGCCCUGCCCUCAUCUCUGUCUGCCUACUUAAAAACUCAGCAGGCUGCAUGUGGAGCUGGAGAUAAGUCUGCCAUUGUGGUGGAGAGGAACACAUUAAUGGUCAUCAAAUGCUUGUUGGAAAAUCUUGAGGAAGAAGUAUCUCAGGCGGAAAAUUCUCUCCUUCAGGCAGCAGCAUCAUUUCCACUGUAUGGGCGAGUUCACUGUAUCACUGGAGCUUUGCAGAGGUUAUCUCUAAAUAGCCUGCGGUUGGUGAGCGAAUGGAGACCUGUGGUAGAGAAGCUCCUUUUGAUGUCUUACAGGCUUUCUGCUGUGGUGUCUCCUGUCAUUCAGAGCUCCUCCCCAGAGGGCCUUAUCCCAAUGGACACUGAUUCAGAGUCAGCAAGCCGCUUACAGACGAUUCUGAGUGAGAUUCAACCACGAGAUACUAAUGAUUACUUCACUCAAGCCAAAAUUCUCAAAGAACGUGAUAGCUUUGAUUUGGAGGACUUGAAUGCCAGUGUGCCAAAUCUUGGUGCUUCUGCAGAGACCAAAGGUAAAGAAAGAAAAACAUGUGAUGUAACUGCUCAGAUGGUGCUGGUAUGUUGUUGGCGAAGUAUGAAGGAAGUUGCUUUACUUUUAGGCACACUGUGCCAGCUUCUCCCUAUGCAGUCCGUGCCAGAAUCUUCCAAUGGAUUAUUAACAGUGGAGCAGGUAAAAGAAGUAGGAGAUUACUUUAAACAUCAUCUCUUACAGUCCAGGCACAGAGGAGCAUUUGAACUUGCUUACACUGGCUUUGUGAAACUUACUGAAAUACUAAACAGGUGCCCCAAUGUGAGUCUGCAAAAGCUACCGGAACAGUGGUUAUGGAAUGUUUUAGAAGAAAUUAAAUGCAGUGAUCCUUCAUCUAAACUCUGUGCUACAAGGCGCAGUGCCGGAAUUCCUUUCUACAUACAGGCACUAUUGGCAUGUGAACCUAAGAAAGGCAAAAUGGAAUUGUUGAAAAUAACAAUGAAAGAGUUAAUCACAUUGGCUCGGCCUACGCAUGACUCACGGAGCACAGUCCCCCAGGUUCAUGCUUUAAAUAUCCUUAGAGCCUUGUUCAGAGAUACACGUCUGGGAGAAAAUAUUAUUCCGUAUGUUGCUGACGGAGCUAAGGCUGCAAUUCUAGGCUUUACAUCACCAGUCUGGGCGGUGAGAAAUUCAUCCACACUUCUUUUUAGUACCUUGAUCACAAGAAUAUUUGGAGUUAAAAGGGGAAAGGAUGAACUUUCCAAAAAAAAUAGAAUGACAGGCAGCCAGUUUUUUUCUCGUUUCCCGGAACUCUAUCCCUUUCUUCUCCAACAGUUGGAAGCUGUAGCUAAUACUGUGGACAGUGACACAGGAGAACUCAACCGCCAUCCAAGCAUGUUUCUCUUACUUUUGGUGCUGGGGAGACUCUACCCUUCCCCGAUGGACGGCACCUAUUCUCCUCUCAGCAUGGCGCCUUUCAUUCCCUUCAUUAUGAGAUGUGGUUACUCGCCUGUCUACCGGUCCCGUGAAAUGGCAGCUCGUGCCUUGGUCCCGUUUGUUAUGGUAGAUGAAAUCCCUGCUACCAUCCAAACUCUGUUGGCCAAACUCCCCAACAACACUGACCAGUGUUUCCGGCAAAACCAUAUUCAUGGGACACUUCUCCAGGUUUUUCAUUUGUUACAAGCCUGCACAGACUCCAAGUACAGACUGAAUACAGACUUUCAGCAGGAGCUGGCUGACGUUGCUGUCUGCACCAGAGCCAAACUCUGGCUGGCCAAGAGGCAAAAUCCGUGUUUGGUGACCAGAGCUGUAUAUAUUGACAUUCUCUUCCUGUUGCCUCGCUGCCUUGACAAGCCCACGAAAGGCACCCAGCCAGCUGUGGAGCAUGUUGGCUUCUGGGAGGACGUCAGGAGGAUCAUCUCACAAUCCGAGCUGAUAACGGGAUUCCCCUAUUCCUUCACGGCACCAGGCCUGCCCCAGUACCUGCAGAGCCUCACCAAACUAGCCAUCGCCGCAGUGUGGGCGGUGGCGGCCCAGGCUGGAGAGCAGGCAGAGGCCAUUCCCAUCUCCUUCUGUCAGCUGUUGGAGUCCUCUUUUCCCGAAGUGCGCCUGCUGACGUUGGAUGCCCUGCUGGAAAGGUUCUCUACAGCGGCCUCUGGAUUAGGAGAGAAGGGACUGCCACCCUUGCUGUGCAAUAUGGGAGGGACAUUCUUGAUGUUGGCUAUGAAGGAAAAGCACCCAGAAUGCUUCUGCAAGAUACUGAAAAUUCUCCAUUGCGUAGACCCCAGCGACUGGCUUCCCCAGACCGAGCACUGUAUCCACCUCACCCCAAAGGAGUUCCUGAUCUGGACAAUGGAUAUUGCUUCCAAUGAAAGGUCUGAAAUUCAAAGUGUAGCUCUGAGACUUGCCUCCAGAGUGAUCGCCCACCAGCUGCAGAUAUGUGAGGAGACCAAGGACUUCGUGGCCCCCACACUGAAGCGAUGGGUUCAGCUGGUUGCCGCCUCCUGUGGAGAGCACCUUCCCACAGACUCCAGGCUGGCCGCUGCUGAAGCCCUCACUAGCACCGCACCGUUCUUGCUCACCAGCCCCCAUCCUGUUCUUGGAUUGCAGGAUACUCUUGCUCUCUGGAGAUGUGUCCUCAACCUCCUUCAGAGUGAGGAGCCGGCCAUCAGAGAUGCAGCCACGGGAACGGUGGUGACCGCCAUGUCACAGGGAAACACCUGUCAAGCAACAGAAUUUGCCUUCUGUCAGGUGGACGCUUCAAUUGCACUGACUCUGGCCCUGGCUGUGCUGUGUGACCUGCUCCAGCAGUGGGACCAGCUGGCCCCUGGACUCCCAGUCCUGCUAGGAUGGCUGUUGGGAGAGGGUGAUGAUUCUGCGAUCCCUGUGGAAAGCACCCAUCAGGUGGAAGACUACCUGUUUGAAAAAGCAGAGGUCAACUUUUGGGCUGAGACCCUAAUCUUUGUGAAAUACCUCUCUGAGCACCUCUUCCGGCUCCUCUCCAAGUCCAGCUGCCAUCCCCUCAGCCCUGAAAGCCUCCAUCAUCUUCAUAGAACAGCGUCAGAGCAGAGCCACCUCCUCUCCCGGCUCUUCAGAGAGCUGCCACCAGCUGCUCAAUUUUUGAAGACAGUGGAAUUCACGAGACUGCGCAUUCAGGAGGAAAGGACUUUGGCUUGCCUGAGGCUGCUGGCCCUUCUGGAAGGAAAGGAAAGGGAAGACAGCCCCAGUCUCGGUGCUUCCGACUCUCCUGCAGAAGCAAAUCAGUUCACUCUCGCAAGAACAGAAACGGCUUGUUGAAGAAAGAAGACUUUUGGGGGUGGGCUAAGGGUGGACGGUUUCCCCACGGCAUCUGCAGGGAACACAUUGAACAUCAAUGCAAAUAUUUCCUUCCCUUGGUGAAGCUAGUCUUCUGUCCCUUCCUACAGAGGAAUUUUUCUUCAGUUCCCCCAUUCAGGGCAGCCCAGUUUAUGGCAGCUACUGUAGGAAGUGAGGCUACCACAUUGAAUAUUGACUCUGUUCCCAGGUGCAGGCCACCUGCAGACCUGAAUUCACUUUUGUCUUCUUCCAUGACCUCUAACGUCCAGGCAUAGCCAGCCGGCAUUUUCUGUGAACUGUACAGAACUAGUUUGUAACUCGUGAUUUUUCUCUCCUUUUUUCCAUUGGAUAGAAGAGCCGGAUUCGUUGGCAAACAGCCCAUUGGGUCAGAAUUCCAAAUUUUAUUCUAUUUUAGCUAAGGCAGAAGUAGGUUCCAAAUGUUGGAUACUGGGAGAAUUCUAGAUCAACUGCAUAGAAGUAGUUUUGUUUUUGCUAUUUACAUGUGUGAGUCCUGCAGUGACCUGCACAUGCUGUCCGAAUUAUUAAAAGAGCUCCUACCUACCAAAAGUGUUUAAACUAAUGCCAGGAAACCUGAUUUUGCCACCCACUAAAAGCAUAGACCCUUGGCUGUCAGAAGGAAGCCCAGGGAAGGUAAAGCCAGAAUAAAUGAUUUAUUCACUUCCUACACUGUUCACUGUCAUUUUCUCAGUGGCAAUAACAAGAUUCUCAUUUAAGAUGUCAGAAAACACAUUUAUCCACUUCAGUGUUUGAAUCUAGACCUAUCUUAACGGAUUUUCUGCCUUUUGGAAGACCGGCGCAGCCCUCUUCCUCUGAUACCCAGCAGGUGUCGCUCUUGCAUACAUUUUGCUGCUAUUCCAGCCUUUCCUUGGCUUGCCAUUUUCUACCUAUAAUCUCAGAAUAAGCGUUGCCCACAGACGGCUAUCUUGAAAUUCAUAGUUUGGAUUGGCCAUAGGCUCAUCCAUAUUCGUUUUUCAUUCUGGUUAUCCGAAAAAGCCAUUUUAGUAGUAGUAUGUAAAGUUGGUCCAGCUUUUAGGGUCUGUAAAUAUUUUAAAAUACUUCUCAGAUGAACAGUCACUUGGAAAUACGUUAAAGGGGCAGUUUAGAGGCGAGAGGGUUUGAUAUCAUUUCCUCCCACAGAAAGGCUCGUAUCCAAAUUUGUUUCUCUUUAAAAGUAAACCACCUAACACUAAAAAAACAGCCAUACUGGAAGUAUAGAGGAAGGGCCUAUAGGAAAAGGCAGGGAAUGAAGUAAACUUAGAGUCCAAAACUUUGUCCUAAAGAGAAGAGGAAAUUCUCUGGGUGGUUUUGCACUAUUCAGCUCAACAUGUGUUUUUUAUGAUCCUGAAUUAAUUACCUGGUUGGGCAUCUGUGUAGCCCACACAUGAGGGAAAGUGGCUAGUCUAACAUUUCUUUUUGUUCUGAGAAAGGCGACCUGACUGGGAAUCGUUGGCACGAUGCAGUGAUGACCAUGGUUCAGUAACUGUGAAACCGGCCCCCGGCAAAGCCAAGCUCACUGGAAAAGCCCAGCAUUCCUUUUUUCUCCAUUUAAAAUGAGAUAAAGGCAGUUAUAUUAUAAGAAAAAAUACUUUCUACUAGCGGGUACUCCGUACCAAAGCAUGUAAGCAUGGUGUGUUUAUUACAUGUUAUCUCCAGGAUCCUUCUACCCAGCCUGCAAAAUGGGUGUUCUCAUAGCUGCCCACUGGGAAUUACCCCAGAUUUUGAUACUGGCUGGCUGUGGCCAGCCUGGGAGGACAGGAGGGAUAGAUAUUUCUCCUGGUUUCGAAUCUGAAAUCUUGUUACUGACCUACAAUAGUGGUGGCUAAGGAAAUGGCAGUUUCACACUUGCCUGAUGCAUUCCCAGGGGAAUCUUAGAAUACUGCUAUGGGGGGCAGGGGGAGCUACCCUGGAACUCCUGUGUUUGGGGUCAUUUCAACAAAAAACAAAACAGAACAGUUGGGGUUCUUGGGCUGUGAGUGUCAGCCACCCAUUGCCCAGAGCUGCCUGGGGACCAGUGUAGCUCUGGGUGCAACCAUCCCCCAGAGGGAAGGAGUCACCUCUUCUGUCCAAGAUUUGGUGCCCCUCAGGUCUGCAGGCAUGAUUCGGUGAUUUCCCUUUCCAUCCAGCCACAACCCAGAGACCUGUCUCCGUUUUUAUGCUUUGUCAACUUGUUUUA